AGAAAAUAAGUGGAGUUGCCUUUCUAUGUUACUCCAUGUUAGUCUAUACUCUAUGGUACAACAGAUACGAAUAAAUAAAUUAAAUUAUUUUUCUUCUUCGAAUGUAGUUAAUACUAUUUCAUUUUUACAAUGAACAGUAUUAAAAGACUCUUAUUAUUUAACUUUAGUAUGACAUAGAACAAGUAUUGUUACAGUAAGGUUAUUUUUUGCUCUCCUUCUGAAAGCUUAUCUAGCUUACAUUGUAUUUACCACUUUUAAUUGAUAAAUACAAACGUAGAUCUGGAGCAAAUAAUACGUAAUUGACCCUCGUUGAUCAUGCACGAUCACAUUCACAUCGCUAACAAAUAUCUUGGACACAAUGAAUUUGCAGGAAUAGAUAACAGAAAUUUUUAUCAGUCGCGUGACUUGUUACGAUCCCUUUGUUUCACAUUGCUGUUAACAAUUUUUGCAUUAUUCUUAUACAUUUAUCACACCUCGAGUUCACACGUGUUUUUAUAAUUAUAUUCACUUAUAUUAUAAAUAAUAAAAGUGAAUAUAAGUUGAACGCGACAACGUAUAAAUUCUUGAUUUCUAGCUUUUCUAGUUGUAUCCUAAUUAAGUCGUUUAACGAAGUAUUUAAUUGAAAAUUCUAAUCCAUAUACAUGCCAAUUUUUUUUUAUUAAUUAUAAGUAUACCUUUAUUGUAAAAGAUAUUAAGACACAUAUUGACCAUGUAAUGGAAUAAGUCACGUUUAACGUUAAGUCACGUUUAAUUCACGUUUCAGUUUGAUAUUCUUGGAUUUUUUGCUCGAUUAUGUUUUGAUAUGCAGGGUUAUUCUAUUGACCCCGAAAGUGGUGAAACGAAGAUAAGAGAAGACUAUCCUAUUUUGAAGUCUUUUCUUGCGGGAUCAGUGUCUGGUACUUUUUCAACUAUUUUAUUUCAACCAUUAGAUCUUAUUAAAACAAGACUUCAAAGUAGAGUAAACCUUCGCCUCGAUUCUGCAAACAGUGGAACAAUUGGAACAGUAAUCCAUAUAAUAAAGAAAGAAAAUGUAUUUGGACUCUGGAGGGGUAUGACUCCGUCCAUCACCAGAGUUAUCCCUGGAGUUGGAUUAUAUUUUUCAUCGAUGCAUUGGUUAAAACACACGUUCCAUUUAAAAGAUCCGAUUACACCUACAGAAGCAAUGUUGUUAGGUAUUACAGCAAGAUCUAUGUCUGGAGCUUUAGUAAUUCCAAUAACUGUAGUGAAAACACGUUUCGAAAGCGAUGUUUAUAAAUAUAAUAGCAUAAGGGAAGCAUUGAAGUUAAUUUACAAGCAGGAAGGAGUACGAGGACUUUCAAGCGGAUUAGUACCGACCUUAUUAAGGGACGCUCCGUUUAGUGGUCUUUAUCUCAUGUUUUAUACUCAAUUAAAAAAUAUUGUUGCGGAAACAGAUUUACCAGGCGAUAAAUCGUCAGCUCCGGUUCAUUUUAGUUGUGGGAUACUAGCAGGAAUAUUUGCUUCUAUCGUAACACAACCUGCCGACGUAAUCAAAACGAAAAUGCAAUUGUAUCCAAACGAAUUUACGGGUGUUCGCAGUGCAAUUUUUCGGGUUUACGAAAAAUACGGAAUGUUUGGAUAUUUCAAAGGCAUCGUUCCACGAAUGUUACGAAGGACAUUAGUGACCGCUAUGGCUUGGACUGUAUAUGAAGAGGUUACAAAAAGUAUGGGGCUUAAAUAAAAUUCUUCUAUUUAACGAUAUGCGAAUUUACGCACGACAAAAUGAAAGAUGCUCAACUAAAUGUUUACACUCGAUACACAGUAUUUUAGUUUGUACAGAAACGAUUUGAUUAUAGCAGAAAAUUGUAUUAUAGCAAAUAUUACUACUAUGUACAGUAUUUGGAUAGAGUAUCCUAUCGCUUGAUAACGUAUUAUUAAUGUAUAUACUUAUUUAAUAAAUUAUACAGUUUGUUCAAUA